GCGAUUGAGUGACUAUGGCCAAAGGUGCUAUCACUCGUAAAUCGGUCGAGGCAGCAGACAGUGCGGCUGCCGCUAACAAGUCCUUUUUGGACCUGUUGAGGGAGUACUUUCGGAGCUACUGUGAAAAGUCCACGAUUCACUGCGUCCGCUAUUUGUACGAUCCCCAGUUGCAUAAUGUGGAGAGACUCAUUUGGUGUGUGCUCCUCAUCAUCAGCGUGGGCCUGUCCUGCUUCUUUUACCUGCUGCUCUCGGAGCGCUUUGUGUCCCAGAAGCUGCAAACUGUGGUCCAUGAUCCGCAGUAUCCUGUGUUUCUGGUCCAAUUUCCUGCCGUGGGAAUCUGCACGGACAAUCGCAUCAAUUGGAGCAAGUUGGAGGCGGCCAAGCAGGAGUUCCUGCCUGUAAACUCCAGCGUGGAGCUGGUCGAGAGCUUCACAGUUCUGGUUUCCCGCCUGGAGACUCUUCGCUUUGGCAGCUACAUGGCUACCUUGGCCCAGCUGGAUGACGAUAAUUUGGAGGCUGUGAAUUUUGUGAACCUCACCGACUUGGCCAUAUUUUUGACUCUACGCUGCGAGGAAAUUUUGGUGCCGCAGUCCUGCCUGUGGCGUGGCUCAACCUUUGACUGCUGCGACUUUUUUGUGCCAGAGAAGACGGAGUUUGGAAUUUGCCUUAUUUUUAAUUCCGAGAUAUCACCCCGCUCCAAGGCGAUCCGGGAAAGGGAAGGCGUGAAGUUCUAUCCCAGACACAAUGCCAAGGCGGGUCAGGGCACGGGUUUGAACUUUAAUCUGAUUAUCAACGAGACCUUCAAGAGACCGGAUUCCCAGGCCAAUGAUAAUGUCUAUAUAAUGAUUAAGAAACCCGACCAAUUGACCAAUGUUGUGUAUUCAAUGACUCAAAACACGGAGACCUAUGUAACAGUCCGACCGGAUCUCACGUGGACGGACGAGACCACACGAAGUAUUCCGCCGGAGCGAAGAAACUGCCUUUUUGCGGACGAGCAAGUUGAGCUGGACACCCAUGACGCGGCCAAGAAGUAUGGAAAACACUUUCAGCUCACUAAUUGUCUGAAUAGAUGCCACGAAUCCUAUUUGGUUCAGCUCUGCAACUGCUCGCUGCCUAUUUUCUUUUUGUAUAACAAUAGGGUCAAAGAAUGCGAUGCAUCCAGUCUCCGCUGCUUGGCCCGACACAAUGACAUUUUCAGCUAUGACAAACGCCAUGAUGAGGAUGAACUUUUUAGUGCCACAAAGCCAGGAAUGACCUGUUCCUGUUUGGUGAACUGCUACCUCCUGGAUUAUUACACAGCCACCACCACGUUGCCCUUGUCCGCCAACAGACUCCCCAAGGAUCCGCAGCAGAAGCUCUUCAAGGUGGAUGUGCAUUACCAGGUGGAAACAACGCCUUUGUAUAGAACCAGUCUGGAAUUUACCAUUAUUGACUUGAUAGCCAAUCUGGGCGGAAUCUUUGGCCUUUGCCUUGGUGCCUCCAUGGUCAGUGCCUUUGAGUUGGUUUAUUACCUAACUGUGGGCCUGGCCAUGCAUCUGUAUGACAACAAAUACUACCGAGUCCUGAAUAAACAAUUCAGGCUCAAGUGGCGGAAAUUUAAGAGUUACUUGAAGAACGAAGUCAGUCAUCUGGCCGAGCAUCCUGCGGCUCCAAAGGAUCAAAUCAGACAUCCGUUUAACCAGCGAAAAAAUGCUUGGUAG